AGAUGACAUAGAUGUCAGAAUCCAAUCUCUAACCUAACUUCUAAUUUCUGCACCAUAUAUUUUGUCAACAUACCACAUAAACAAUAGCGCUUUUCACCAGAGCUUUAGAAGCUUUUCUGCAUAGCUUUGAGCGAAUUUACCCAUUAAUUUAUUAUACGGAAAAAUGGCAAAACAAUAUGGCCUCAUAAUUCCCAAUAAAAAGGCUGGACUGGCAGUAACUCGCCCAUCUAUCUUUAACGAAGACUCGGACUCUGACUCGCCAAAAGUCCUCAAACCCACUGGCGUCAGUAAAACGAAAAAGCAGGAUAUAAUCAAUCAACAGAAAGCUCUUGAAGAUGAUCCAACGGUAUAUCAAUAUGACGAAGUCUAUGAUCAGAUGGAGAAGAAAAAGAAAGAAUCGAAACUGGCAAGGAAAGAUAUAGAAAAGAAGCCUAAAUAUAUAAGCAAACUAUUAGCGGCUGCCGAUAGGAGAAAGCGGGAAAAUGAAAGACGGAUUGAACGCCAAGUGCAAAAGGAACGAGAAGAAGAAGGCGAGCAGUUUAAUGACAAAGAAUCCUUUAUAACGUUGUCUUAUAAGAAAAAAUUGGAGGAGCUCCAAGUGUUGGAAGAGCAAGAAAAGCGCGAGGAAUAUUUGGAGUCCAUUGGCGAUGUAACUAAGCAGGGUAAUUUAGAUGGGUUCUAUCGCCAUUUGUAUGAUCAGAAGUUGAAUUAUGAAGACAAAGAGGAAGAAUUGACUACCGUUAAAAAGGAGCCAUUAAGCGACAACGAAAAAAGUGACCAGGAAAGAACUGCAAUCAAGAGAAAAUCAGAUAGUGAAACAGACAAUGGCAGCCAUACAAACAAAUCAACGGCAAAGAAGCGCAAAUACCGCACAAGAAAAGCUUCGGACAGUGACAAUGAAAAAUCCGACAAAGAGCAGGAAAUCGUUGAAGUGAAGAAGGAACAUUUGCCUUCCAAUCUUGAUGCAGACUCGGAUUUCAGCGUGGACUCUUCAGAUAGUGAGGACGAAGAAGCCAACUCGAAAACAAAAGGGCUUAAAAAAGGAACAGACGCAAAUAUCGAAUGUGAAGGCGAAAAGUUGCAAUUGCCAGCCAAAGGGAAUGUUUUAAGCGACAAUGCGGCAUUGGCUAAAAAUGAGGGCACAGAUCAACCAAAUGAAAACAUUAAAAAAGAUGAACCUGCUAUAGUCAAAGAUGAGAAACCUGCAAAACCAAAACAAAAUAUUUGGAAGAAACGUACAGUAGGAGAUCUAUUUGAAGAAGCUGUUAAGCGGUAUUUUGAACGGAAAUCCGCUAGAGGUUGGUGAGGCAGCUUUUAAUGUUAAUUCUUACAGUUGUUGAAUCAAAGUCAAAAUUGAAGUAAUUAUAUCAAAAAUGUAUUUCCGCGUCUAAGGAAGCGCGAUUUUAGACAAUAAUACAAGGAACUAUACUAAA